UAAUGGCAACGACGUUAUGUAGAUUAAUGGCAGUUUAGAAGAAGAUCAACAAUGGAAAUUAUCUUAUUAUAAUUAUCUUAUUAUAAUUAUCUUAUUAUAAUUAUCUUAUUAUAAUUGAUACAAAAAACGAGAAGGAAAAAAAUAAGAGAAAAUGUAACAACAAUGCACGCAAAUAGUGAAUCUAGCAUACCUCAAUUACUUUUUCAUAUACGAAUGGAUGAGAGUGGAACAUUUAACAAGGAUUAUGAAAAAGUUCUCGAGGACAAGGCAAGGCUGCGAGGAAUACUGAAACCACCGUUUGAAGUGUACAGGAAACGUAGAUUACCAGGCCCUCCAUCAGCACAAUAUGUUAACUUUCGACUUGCACCAUUAUUUAAAGAACAGAAUACUUCAUCGGCGAAACAUCUCUCAGAUGCCAACACAUGGACUGUGACUGGAAAAUCAGAAAAACUCCCAGAAUUCCCUAUAAGAAAUUCGACCCGUGAAACAUGGCUUAAAUUGCUCUCUAAAUUGGACAUAGAUGUUGUUUCAUAUUCAAGAAGUCCGAUAUCUUCACCGAUCCCUACGCCAAGCAUGCGCUCUGAUAGCUCAUAUUCAACAAGUAGUUCUGUAACGCCAAUUCCGAUUUUCAAAAGACGAAUUCCAACGGCUACAUUUCUAAUUCGCCGGCCUACAAUUGAACCACCACUACCACUUAAAAUUGAUGAGGAAUUAUUUGAAUCUAUUGUAAAUUCUUUUGAACUAAGAGCACUUCCAUUCAAAAGAUCAACAGAAUCAUAUAAGUUCUAUAUUACACAUUUCCCGCUACUUUUAAAGGGAAUAAGAAACCCUGAACGCUGUUCCACUCCGGGCAGAAAGUCAAAGUCACCGGAUGGGUCAAUGAGCGCCUUGAUUGCCCGGAAGCGGGAAAUGAACGAGAAGAUUGUGGAACUUGAGUACAUGAUGAAGGAAAUGGAGUAUGCAACAGAUACGGAUUGUAAAUUUGUUACUGAAUUGGAAAGCGCUGUGUUCGACCCAACAACAUGGGAUUGGAAUAAGGUAGAUGUGGCUGGAUUGAAACGACGGUACACACUUGAAGCUAUGAAUGAUGAAACAAAGUAGCUGUAUUAAAUCUAGACGAUCGCUAGUAAAAGUUAUCUAAAAUAUAUGUAAUGUUGAAUG